UUAUUAUUGUUUUCGUCAUUUUUAUUAUCAUUAUUUUAUUAUUAUUAAGUUACUGUCAGACACUUCUAUUAUUGUUUUUCUUUUCUGUACCGGUGAGCUACAGCUGCUGUAUAAUAGGAUUCAUUGAUCUUGUUAUACAUUAUAAUUUGCUUGCAUUCACAUCCUCUGCUAGACUGAACAAUAAACCAUCAGAGGGCCUCUGCUCGAUGCACCGUGGCUAAUGUGCGUGUGUGUGUGUGUGGACUGUAUGUACACCUUGAAAUACUUUGUAUUGUUGUGAGCAAUAGAUGCUUGCUUACUUACUUAUUCACUUACUUACUUAUCCACCUACCUAUUUACUUACACACACACACACACACACACACACACACACACACACACACACACACACACACACACACACACACACAGUCAAGUCUUGCCUCGUGUUGUCUAGUCAAAUGGUUGGACCAUUACAUACGUGCCAUGCUGUGUGUCACAGGGUCUCUUAUUCCCAUCCACCUGUUUGUCUUGUCACACUAUCCUGAUGCUCCGGCCACCCACUUCAAGGCUCAACUCCUUCCUUCCCAGACUGAGCUUUGCCGGCCACGUCUCUCCUGCCCUGCUCCUCAAUCGGAAAAUUUCCUUGCAGGCUGCUGACGAGAGCAACUGUCGGCCUAAACCCUCCACCAUGGCCAUCGCUCCGACAGUUUGCGUCCAUCGCAUUAAGCUCAUCAGCCUCAUGGAAAACGUAGGCAAGGACGUCCUGACCUUCGUGUUGAAGAGCGGCGCGCUGAACGCCCCCACCACGCCACCAGGUGUGUCCCUCGCUGACUACCUUAAUCAGCUCCCUCAAGGCUCGUCAGCCAACUAUGUCAAGAUGAAUAACAAACAAAAGAGAGGAACACUGACCCCUACCGACCACCGCCAAAUACAACGCUUCCCUUUAUGGGACAAAUUCGAUGUGACUUUACUGCACAAGGCAAUAAAGUUGGUGUGCGAAGGUGUGGCGGGAAGUAAUGAUCCCCAAUGGCAAGACCCGAACACACUGGAAGGACUGGUAACAAAAAUCAAAGAUGAGCGGAAUGAACUCUUUCAUGAAGUGAGAGAUUUCAGCGAGGCAGAGUACCAGGACAAAGUCAACGAGUUAGAAGACCUAUUUAUCCGACUCCUCGGCGCAACCAAGGGCAAAUACCACAUUCCCGACGCAAAACUGACAGCCGUGCAAGACAACGCUCGGCAGGUCAUUGAUACCUUCAGAAAAACAGGAAUGGAAAAAGGAAUUUUAAAAGAUUAUUUCAGUGCCAUGCACCAAGAAUUUAAGAGAGACAGUCAAGUCCACCUCAAAACAAUCUAUGAAAAACUGCAAACCUUUGAUCCUCUGUCCUUCCUCACCAGUUCUCAAGGACCCAGACACAAGUAUCACAUCCAGGACAUCUUCUGCAGGAUGUCCCUCAUGGAAGGAAGAGGACACGUACAACAGAGACAAGACAUCGACACUUGCAACGUGCUAACAGUGACGCGCCGCGCAGGACAGAAUCCACAACUGUGCACAUCCUCAUCGGCCACGCUGCCCACGCACGGCGCCAAGCCACAGCUUAUCUUGAUCAGGGGCAUGGCAGGAAGCGGCAAAACGACCCUGCUCACGUUCCUUCUCUCAGAGUGGCUUCAGGACCCAAGCGCCUGCACCAUCAGACACCUGCACGAGUACGACAUCAUGCUGCGUGUCUUGUGUCGCGAGAAUGACGGCCCUUCCCUCCAGGACUUCCUCAAACAGGUCCUCCCAAAUCAUUUUGCUGUAAUGGAGGAAUACCUAGUCUCCCUUCUAAAACAAUGCAAGGUUCUCUUCCUGAUUGACGGCCUGGACGAAUUGUCGUACGGCAGUCGAUCAGACAGCCUUGUAAAAGACAUUCUCAACGUCUCGAAACAUUUAUCAGACUUCACACUCGUAUGCACAUCGCGGCCAGAAACAGUGCAAGACUUCCUGAACAAAUUACCUGAUGGCUAUGAGGUGUGGAACAUGGAGAUGAAAAGCCUCAGCCAAGAGCAAAGAACUCAUUUUGUUAUGAAGCAUUACGACAGCUUCCCUGACAACAGAAACAAAGACCCUGUGAAGCUCCAACACCUCAUGAGUCAUUUGAAGUGCAGGGAGUACUUUGGACUGCCUCUGAACCUGCUGUUUGUAGCAACAUUGUUUUACGAGAAACCUGACAGCAUCAAGCUGGACAUCACACAGACCAGUUUGUACGUCACCAUACGCGACUGGAGCAUACAAAAACUGCAAGCCAGACUAACAGAUCAUUCACAGGCCACACGGAUCCACGAGGACCAGAUCUACAAGGUGCUGGAGGACAUGUACGACGUAGCCCUACAAGCUCUCCUGCAAGACCGAGUCACUCUGUCGAAAGAGGAAGAGUGGCGUCUGAAGGAGUCCUGUGACGGGAAAGGGCUUCCUUGCAUGGAUGUGAUGGCGACAUUUUUUAAUCUGCAAGACAUCAAUGACAAGCUGGGGCAUCAUCAGAAUUACUCGGCGCCCCACAGGAGCCUGCAAGAGUUCUACGGUGCAUCAGGUAUCGUCCACAAGUUAAUGGAAGGCUCUCACUCAAGUCUCAUACCACGCAUGCUUCACGACCCGCCGCGCCAACAGCUUCGGAACUUGUGGAACCUGCUCCGGCACAUGGCAUGUCUCUUCUGCUACCCACAAACAUCACUUCGUGCUUCAGAUAUACGACGCAUGCUUCACUUCCCGCCACCCCAACAGCUCCGGAACUUGAGAAACCUGCUCCGGCACGUGGCAGGUCUCCUCUGCCACCCACAAACACCACAUAGUGCUCCAGCCAUACAAGAGGUGGUGGACCUGCUGGCGGAGACUGGGAUGAAGAAUUGUAAUCAUUGGCUAUCCAUGUUGGAGGACACUGAAGUGAACAGGACUGCCUUGGGUUGUGUUGCCAGACAUAUUACAAGUAAUGAAAGGGAGCUGGUAACAAUAACAAGCAGCACCAUCACCAGUGCCAGUGCUCUCCUCCCCCUCAUCCCCUCCAAGAGGAUACGGAUAGUGCUAAGCAGGAAUGAAUCAGACGUGCAGGGGCUUAUCUUUGAACACCACAAAUACAUUAGGCUGUCCUUUCCCCACCAAUACAGACAUCCAGACCAAGCCACUCUCUCUGACGCCUUGCUGCGUGCCACACCAAGGAGUCACCUUGAGGAGUUUAAGGGUCACCUAAGCGGUGCCGGCACACAGCUGCUGCAGGAGUGCCGGGGCCUGGGGCGUCUCCAUCUGGCCGUGUGUGACCAAGACGCUCAAGAGGUUCUAGCCGCCAUCAGGGCCGUCUUUCCGUCACUGCCUCGGCUACCCUCCCUCUGCCUACUCGUCCCCGUGGGUGCUGUGAGGACACAGGCGUGCACCACACGGUUACCUUACUGCCCAGAGGUGCGUCUCGUGUUGUCUGGCGUGGACGAGACGCUGAUGGAAGAGGCGGCCCAGAUAGCACGACGCCUGCAGCCCACACAGCAUCCAUACACGAGCAUCUGCUUCCCCGCCAGCAGCAUGAAGACAGAUAUGUGGCGGCGCUGCCUUGACAAGCUGGCUACUGCCGGCGUCAGGGUGUGGGGCGAUAUGAUGUUUGGUGGCAUUGUAGCACCGGACACCAGCCCCAUCACGGAGGAGGAGCAAAGAGAGCUGUCCAGCUUUGCCAAGAUCAGGAUGUUGGGUCGCUUCCGCAGACUGUCUGAAGAGUUCCUGUGGUAACUGUAAUUCCCGCGAAGACCAGACUCAUCGAUGCUGGAAGUGCAUCCAUUUAUGAGGCAAACAUCUGGGCUACAUUUAUUCAACUGGAUUGUGUGUAUACAAGUCUACUCGUACAAUCUCUCUCUCUCUCUCUCUCUCUCUCUCUCUCUCUCUCUCUCUCUCUCUCUCUCUCUCUCUCUCUCUCUCUCUCUCUCUCUCUCUCUCUCUCUCUCUCUCUCACUCAGGUUUAUGGACCUGAUAGGGUCCCUCCUAUUGUUCUCCGAAACUGUGCCUCCGUGCCAAGUCAAACUCUUCCUAUCAACAUCUACCUAUCCUUCUUGCUGGAAGUUUGCCUAAAUCCAACCUGUUCCUAAAAAGGGUGACCCUUCUAGUCCCUCCAACUACCGUCCUAUUGCUUUAAUUUCCUGUCUCUCUAAAGGAAAUUACUGAGAUGCCAGCCUCAAAAGAAAGCUCAAAACCGUCAUUGAUUUAGGAUCACCACAAGUAGAUUACGAAGCAGAGUGUUACCACUGUCAACUGAAAACAGGAGAGGAGGAGGCGUCGCGUUAUACGUUAGGGACACAUUACAGUGUUGUAUGAACAAUAGAAUAAAAACAGAUAACAAAGCAGAGUCGAUAUGGGUAUGUACCUAAUUUCCCUAUGGUCACUGUUACCUAGCUGUCCUCCAACCUCAACCUGCGUGACUGCUUCCUCCCUGUUAGUUAGAAGGAAGGAUCGCAGUCAGUAGUGCUAGGGGUAGUUUACAGACCACCGACCAGUACAGAGGGAAUUAACACCUCACUGUGGCAGGAAUCAAAUAGAGCAGGCAGGUACAUUCAGGUAUAUGUGGUAGGAGAUUUUAAUUUUAGGAAUAUCUACUGGAGUCUGAUUGUGGGUAACAAGGAAGCAGAGGAAUUUCUUAAGGUAAUUCAGGAUAAUUUUUUAAAACAGGUAGUCGUAGAACCCACAAGGGGGAAUAAUAUUCUAGAUUUAAUUCUUACUAACAGGGAGGAAGCAGUCACGCAGGUUGAGGUUGGAGGACAGCUAGGUAACAGUGACCAUAGGGAAAUUAGGUACAAUUUAGAAUGGGAAGAAACUGUUAGAAACAAAAACACUAGUAAAAUACCUGACUUUAGGAGAGCAGAUUUUGAAGAAUUAAAAAGGUACCUCCAAGGAGUGGACUGGCAAAGGAUGCAGGGUGAGGUCAGGUCAGGGACGGAGUUCAGAGAGAUAAGGCAGGAUGAGAGAGGUGAGGUGAAGUGUGAGGGUGUAGGACAAGAGGAGGGAAGAUGUGUCCGGAAGGGAGGAGGAAAGAGGAAGUGGGGAGAUAGAUGUGAGUAUGUUGGAAUGUCAGGUUAUGUUGAAAUGAGAGAGGUGAGGUCGAGGCGAGUAGAUGAGGGAGUGGACUGGAUAGUAGGGAACGAGAUGAGGGGAUUAGGUGAGGUAAAUGCAGAUGAAUUGUAUAAAUAUUUCGUAGAUAAAGUUCAUACGGGUCAGUUAGCAAAUAUCCCGUAUAGAACAAUAAGAUCACAAAAAAAAAUGACCCUAAAUGGAUGACUGCUAGGUUAAAGCAUUAUAUACAGCGUAAGAGAAGUAUAUAUAAGAGAUUAAGGGCAAGUGAAGAAGUUUUCAGGGCGCAAUAAUAAUAAUAAUAAUAAUAAUAAUAAUGAAUUAGAACAGUCAGGAAGUUAACGAGAAAAGCUAGGGACAAUUAUGAAUUAAAGGUAGCCAGCCAGGCGAAGACGGACCCCAAGGGAUUUUAUCAGGUAUACAGGACGAAGAAUAAGAAUACUGUAGGUCCAUUAAAGGCAGCAGAUGGGGAGCUCGUUAGUUCUGGGAAGGAGAUAAGUAAACUUCUGAAUGAUUAUUUUUUAGCUGUCUUCACCCAGGAAAACAUGCAGGAUAUGCCAGAUAGUGAAUAGGUGUUUAGAGCAGAUGAGAAUGAGAAGCUGACAGAUAUUUCCAUAACUAGGGAGAUAGUGGAACAGGAGAUAGAUAGGCUAAAAAUGUUCCAAGUCACUAGGACCUGAUGAAAUAUAUCCCAGAGUACUUAAGGAAUGUAAAGAGAUUAUUAGUGAGUUAGUUUCUGCCUUUAGGAAAUCACUGGAGUCGGGUGAGGUACCAGUAAUGUGGAGGCAGGCUAAUGUAGUACCCAUCUUUAAGAAAGGAGAUAAAACUUUAGCCUGUCAGCUUAACUUCAGUUGUAGGUAAAAUGUUAGUCAAUAAUAACGAGGAAUAUUAGGGAACAUUUAGACAUACAUAACUUGAUAUAUCAGUUACAGCAUGGCUUCACGAAGGGGACGUCUUGCCUGACAAACUUGUUAAGUUUUUACACUAAGGUGUACGAGGCAGUAGAUAAUGGUGAUAGAUAUGAUAUCUUAUAUCUGGACUUUAGUAAAGCAUUUGACAAGGUACCCCAUCAAAGGCUCCUGAGAAAGGUUAGGGCACACGGGAUAGAUGGGAAGGUGUUAGGCUGGAUAGGGUCAUGGCUUGGUAACAGGCGACAGAGAGUGGUAAUAAACGGCUCGAAAUCCGAGUGGGGUCAUUUAAUUAGUGGGGUGCUACAGGGAUCAGUAUUAGGGCCAUUGUUAUUUCUAAUAUAUACCAAUGACUUGGAUAGUGUAAUUAGUAGUGAUGUCAGUAAAUUUGCGGAUGACACAAAGAUAGGUAGAUUAAUUAGGUCAGAAUCGGAUGCCAUCGACUUGCAGGCAGACCUAGAUAGAAUGAAUGAAUGGACGGAUAGAUGGCAAAUGCAAUUUAAUAUCAAUAAAUGCAAAGUGCUUAGCGUAGGUAGAGGAAACCCACACAAUAGGUACACAUUAAACAACCAAACUCUGGUAGGUACAGGGUACGAGAAAGAUUUAGGAGUUAUAGUUAGCUCUGAACUCCGUCUAUGGAAACAAUGCAUAGAAGCCAGAAACAAGGCAAAUAGGGUACUAGGAUUCAUUUUUAGGAGUGUUAAAAGUAGAAGGCCGGAAGUAAUAUUAAAGUUAUACUUGGCGCUGGUCAGACCUCAUCUAGACUACGCUGUGCAGUUCUGGUCCACACAUUACAGGAAAGAUAUAGGUCUAUUAGAAUCAGUACAGAGGAGAAUGACUAAAAGGAUACAGGGGAUGAGGAGUAUUCCUUACGAGGCGAGGUUGAAGCUGUUAAAUUUACAUUCUGUAGAGAGACGUAGAUUAAGAGGGGACCUGAUAGAAGCCUUUAAGUGGUAUAAGGGUUAUAACAAGGGAGAUGUAAGCAAAAUUCUUAGGAUCAGCAACCAGGGUAGAACAAGAAAUAACGGGUUCAAGCUUAAAAAAAUUAGGUUUAGGAAGGAGAUAGGAAAAAAAUUGGUUCUCAAAUAGAGUGGUAGAUGAGUGGAACGGACUUAGUAAUCAUGUAAUUAGUGCUAGGACACUAGAGAGCUUUAAGAGAAGAUUAGACAAGUUUAUGGAUGGGGAUAACAGAUGGAAAUAGGUAGGUGUGUUUUAUACAGGGACUGCCACGUGUAAGCCUGGUCACUUCUUGCAGCUUCCCUUAUUUCUUAUGUUCUUAUGUACUGUUUGUUCACAAGAAGUCGAGCCUAGCAGGCUGCAGUACGAGUGACCUAAUCUCCGCAAUUCCUCAACAGGGAGGAAUCUCAAAUAUCUAUCACUUCAUAACAUUAUGUCUGAUCGCUAGUAUGGGUUGCGUCAAGGACUCUCUAAUGGUGAUCUUAUGGCUUUUUUUACUGAGUCUUGGUCAUUCUUUUUUAAUUUAUUUUUUUUUUUUUUUGUGAAACUUGGCGUAGCCUCAGACAUAUCAAACGCAUUUUGAUAGAGUAUGGCACAAAUCCCUGAUUUCUUAAGUACCAUCCUACGGCUUCUAUCCUUCUCUCUGUAA